AUGGCGGUCCGCGCAUCAUUCGAAAACUCCAACGAAGUCGGCGUCUUCUCCACCCUAACAAACUCCUACGCCCUCGUCGCCGUCGGCGCCUCGGAAAACUUCUACAGCAUCUUCGAAGCCGAGCUCCAAGACGUAAUCCCCAUAACGCACACCACCAUCGCCGGCACGCGAAUUGUCGGCCGCCUGACGGCCGGAAACAAACACGGUCUCCUCGUUCCCACCUCUACAACCGACCAGGAACUUCAACACCUGCGAAACAGCAUCCCAGAUACUGUCAAGAUCCAGAGAAUCGAGGAGAGGCUGUCAGCGCUGGGGAAUGUGAUAUGUGCAAACGACCACGUCGCGCUCGUGCAUCCGGAUUUGGAGAGGGAGAGUGAGGAGAUCAUCGCAGAUGUUCUCGGUGUGGAGGUUUUCAGGCAGACUAUCGCCGAUAACGUCCUGACAGGGUCGUACAUGGCGCUCUCUAACCAGGGCGGAAUCGUACACCCGAAGACCUCAAUCCAGGACCAGGACGAACUUUCGUCUCUGCUACAGGUCCCGCUCGUGGCGGGCAGUGUGAAUCGUGGUUCACCAGUGGUGGGAGCGGGCAUGGUGGUAAACGAUUGGAUGGCUGUGACGGGACUGGACACGACUGCGACGGAGUUGAGUGUGGUGGAGAGUGUGUUUAAGUUGGGUGAGGGGAUGGCGCCCGGGGCGAUCAAUACGACGAAUAAGGAGACUAUGGUGGAGAGUUUCUACUAG